AUGUCAGCUCCUAUUGAAAAUACAACUGCAGCUGAAACAAGUGUUGGAAUUGCAAGUAAUGACAUACUUAUGGCAUUGCAGUUUGCGGCUGAAUCAGCAGAAGAAGCAAUUGAAGAAGCUGCUGCAGAGGCAAGUGGAGAAGGGUUUCUUGUUACUGAAAGCAUGGAUGUCAUUCCAGAAGGAAGUGCAGAAGAUGGAAUAGUAGUUGAAGGUAGCGGGUUAGAAAAACUAGAUUUUGAAAUUGGGAAGAUAUCAACUGAGGGUAGUGGAGAUGAUCUUUUUAUUGAAGGAAGUGGAAAUGAAGAUACAAGUGGAGAUGGAAAUAUUGGUGUCCUUGAGGAAAAAGUAGAGACAAAUGAAAUAGGUGUACCUUUAGAGGAAGAAGUUGUUGAAGUAGUAACACCUGUAUUGAUUGUUGAAGAUGGGUUAGACAUCACUGAGGUAGAUGAUCCAGCAGCAGCAGAAGUUGUAAAUGAGCAAGCAGAGGCUAAUAUAUUUGAAGAAGAGUCAACUGCAGAGGUAGAAGUUGCUGAAGUAGAUGUCCCAGUAGAAACAGGAAUCAUGGAGGAGCAACCAGAGGUUGAAGUAGCUGAAGAAGGACCAACCGCAGAAGUAGAAGUUGCUGAAGUAGAUGUCCCAGUGGAGACAAAAAUCAUGGAGGAGCAAGCAGACGAUGUAGUAGCCGAAGAAGGCUCAACUGCAGAGGUAGAAGUUAUUGACAUAGAAGUGCCAGUGGAAAAAGACAUUUUGAAGGAGACUGGUGAGAUAAACGUAGAUGAUGAAGUGAUAGAUGCACCAGUGGACGCAGAAGUCAUGGAGGUGCAAGAAGAAGGUGAAGUAGCAGAAGAAGGAUCAACUGCAGAGAUAGACAUUGCUGAGGUCAAAGAUGAAGUGAAUAUAGAAGUUGUGCAAGAGCAAGCUGAGUCUGAAUUAGCUAAAGGAGGAUCAAUUUCAGAGGUAGAAGGUGUUGAGGUGCCAGAAAAUACAGAAGCAGUGGAGGAGCAAACAGAUGCUGAAUUGGAAGUUCCAACUGCAGAGGGAGAAGUAGCUGAAGUAAAUGUACCAGUGGAGACAGAAGUUGUGGAGGAGCAUGCAGAGACUGAAGUUGCUGAAGACGGAGCAGCAACUGAGGUAGAAGGUUCACCAGUAGAGGCAGAAAUUGCUGCAGAAGAAUCACAUGCAGAGACAGAGUGGCCACAGAAAGACCACCUUGCUACUGGGACAAAGGUUGAAGAAGAGCAAGUAGAGGCAGAGGCCACUGAAGAAAAUGUACCUACAGAAACAGAAAUAGCUGAAGUACAACCACCUACAGAAGUGGUAGAAGAGCAAUCAGAGGUGUCCACAGAAGAAGCAGUCGCAGAGGUAGAAGUACCUGAAAAAGUAGCUUCUGUGGAGACACAUGAUGAAGAAGUCCCUGGAGAGACAGAUGUGGUGGGCGAUGAAGCAUAUAUUGAGGGAGCUGGAGAAGGAACACCUAUGGAGGAAGACACAACAGAAGAAGAAGUAGAGGUGGCUGCAGAAGGAGUGCCUACAGAGAUAGAAGUAACCAAUGAAGGAGCAGAGGAAGAUGUAGCUGAAGAAGUGGUACCCACAGUCAAAGAAUUGGCGGAAGAUCAAGCAGGGGUAGAAGUUGCUGCAGAAGGGGCACCUGCAGAGGAAGACGUUGCUGGAAACAAUGCAGCUGCAGAGGUUGAAGUAGCUGAAGGAGAAGAGGCAGACGUGGCUGAAGGAACAGCACCUGCAGAGACAGAAUUAAAGUGA